AUGGCCUGGCUGCUGCGCGCGUCCUGCCUCCUCCCGCUGCUGCUGGCCGGGCUCGUGCCGCCCGGCCGGGGCCAGGAGAAGUCCAAGAGGGACUGCUACCCCAACGUGAACGGCACCAUCUACGAGUUCGGGGCGCUCACCAUCGGCGGGGACGAGUACAUCCCCUUCAAGCAGUACGCCGGCAAGUAUGUGCUGUUCGUCAACGUGGCCAGCUACUGAGGCCUGACCGGGCAGUACGUCGAGCAGCUCCCGGGCUGCCCACCUGCUGCCCUCGUCCAGCCGGCGCCACCGUCCCCGGAACCUGCGCUGCUUCCUGACCCGUCCCCCCCCCCCCCCGCGGAGCGAGGCAGUGCUGGAGGGACAGGCCCCGCCGGCCUCCGGGACUGCGGGGCGGCGCCUGGCCGCCCCACAGCCUGUAUACGGCCUCCAUGA